AUGGUGAUAGCAGAUGCCGGGACAACUGUGGCUACUCUGGCUGCCAGCCGUCAGUCAAGUCCCUCCAGCAGCAGCUCUUCUCAGACCACCAGCACCACCGCUGCCAGUGUAACGUCUGGAUCGGGAUCUACGACCAGCAGCCGUCCUAUGGGAGCCUCAGCGACAUCCACAAUCAGCCAAUCAGUGCUGCUGAGUGGGACGGCAGGUGGGCAAGGACAAAUGUACCUGAGGGUCAACCGCUCCCUGAGAGCCCCCAUCUCCUCGCAGCUCAUCUUCAUGCCCGGCAGCACGGCAACUGCUGCUGUGGCAACCGUCACCCAGCAACCACAGGCUCAGCAACAGCAACAGGAAGUGACUCCAGCUUCCUCCUCCAGCAGCCAAUCAGAUAAUGAUCAGGUGCAGAAUCUCGCCAUGCGAGGUGUGUCCAGUCCCAAAGGUGUGGGUGUUAAGACUGAAGCCCCCGAGAGGAGUGACUCAGCUGCCUACUCUUUGGUCCAGCCCUCCCACCAAUCGAGCGCCCAGUCCCCUACUAAACCAAGCCAGCCUCAGCCCCAGCCGCCCCACAUCAAGAUCCCCACCUACCCCCAGCCUGCGAAUCUCAAAACCCACUCCUCCUCUUCCUCUGGUGCCUCAUCUUCCUCCUCAUCCUCCACCUCCUCCAUCCCCCUCUCCCAGCUACUGCUUCACGGAACCCGAACCCUGACCACAGGGACCACAGCUCCCACAGCAGCACACACUCUGGUCCUAACAUCCAACGCGGGAUCUCAGCCCCACGGUUACCCCGUUGGCACGGCAACCAUCAAACCAGCGGUAAACGCUCAGACUCUGGUGGUGCAACCUUUGCAGAAAACCUCACUCAGUGCCGAGAAAUCAGGCCACGGAAACGGACCCAUCCCCAUCCAACCCAAAACUUUGCAAGGGUUGCGUCUGCCUCUCCAGCUGCCUUCUAGGAACCCUCCUCCCAUCCUGCCCGCCCCACCGCCUGCCAGCAGCUCCACCCAGCCUCCCCAGCCACCACACAUCCCGGUGCAGAUAGUGGGGGCCCGACAGAGCACCCUGGGGAACGCCCAGGCUCUCGCCUUGGCCCGGGGCAGCUGCAGCCAGGACGGAGCCGCCGUCCUCAGCAGCUCGUCCAGCCUGCUUACCAUGGUGGCGUCCAUCGCUUCCAGGGAGGGCGGGGUCGUGGGCAGAGGGGUGGGGCUAAAGACGCUUCAGUCGCCCCAGGAGGCUCCCCCGUUGGCUCAGGUGUCUCAUGUGCAUCCGCAGGCCAAUCAAAGCUCGGGACAGAGUCAGAACGGACCCCUGUCUUCAAACCCCGCCUCCUCCCAAUCCCCUGCUGUAUCGUCUCCUCCCCCCUCGCUGUCCUGCUCCUCCCUCUCUCUCCCCCUGGUGGCUGAAGAGCAGAGAGGAGCAUCGGUCGGUGUGACCACCAACGGAGACUCAUUGGGAGCUCAGACGCCGCAGGUUAAACAGAUGACCAGCUCUCUUAAAAGAAAAUCAGACUCCAAUUCAGCCAACGAUGAGGACGGUCCCUCUCCUCCACGGCUCCCACCCGUUAGAGAACGCACCUCAGCACUCCCGGCCAACCCUGUGGACGCAGGCUCCGGUGCUGUUCCUCCUCCGACUGCCUCCUCUCCUUCUCCGGUGCUGUCGGUGUCCCGUGGGGCCUGCGGUCACGGGGAGAGAGCUCCACCUCCUCAAGCGGUGGUGAAACCGCAGGUUUUGACGCACCUCAUCGAGGGCUUCGUCAUCCAGGAAGGGGCGGAGCCUUUCCCUGUGUGCGGUCCGGUAAAGGAUUCGACCGGCGAAGAUUUGACCAACGACAGUCCAGACACGAACCAAUCGGAGACGGUUACCACGGCAACAGUGCUGAAGUGUGAGUACUGUAAAAACUUUGCUCCUGCCAGCCAGUUCAGAGGCACCAAAAGGUUCUGCUCCAUGUCUUGUGCCAAGAGGUACAACGUCAGCUUCAGGCAGCACUUCUGCGUGCGGCAGGGUCACAGCCAACGCCAAGCCCAAGAUCACGCUCCGGAUCAGGACCAGAACCAGGGUCACCUCUCCAACUCGGACGAGGAGGGAGGCAUAGCCAGGAGGAGGGUUCCCCGCAGGACCAGCUCUGAGAUAGCCAGCGCCAAGAUAGCUGGGAGACCCAUACCAGUCAAGUGCCGUUCAGAGUCCAGCCAUUCAGACGAGGAGUCCAGCGGGGAGGAGGAUGAAGACGACCCCAUGUCCCUCUCGCCUGCAUCCUCAGCUUCCUGCCACCAGCAGCCUCCUCCACUCCCAACGGAGAGCUCGGCGCCCAGCUGCCUGCCGACCAGUCCGGCCCAGUGGAGUGUGGAGGACGUGUCGCAGUUUAUUUCCUCGCUACAAGGCUGUGAGGAACUCGCCUCCCAGUUCCUGUCGCAGGAAAUCGAUGGCCAGGCUCUGCUGCUGCUGAAGGAGGAGCAUCUCAUGUCCACCAUGAACAUCAAGCUGGGUCCUGCUCUCAAGAUCUGUGCUCACAUUAACAACCUGAAAGAUUGAUGUCCGCGUUUCAAUAAAUCCACCGAUGUUUAAGCCCCGGGCAUUCACCCCAAACUCCUGUUCUGCACCCAGAUCAGACGUGAAACUGGCUCCAGAGCAGGCGAAUGUAAGAGGUACUGUUCAUUUUGAGCCGAGACUGUGGCUGCAGAGUCUGCUGUUGGCUUGUUCGGUCACAUUUGCACAGGAAUAUUGUCGCUUCCUUGCAAAGCUGUCAUGUCUGCAAACAUACUACAAAUGGCCAGCUAUAUUUUGUUGUCCCCAAAAUCAGUACUUGCAGUCAGAAGAAGUCUUUUAAAAAAAUGCAUAAAUGAAGGUUUUGAAUGUAUGUUAAAUGCAGAAAUCACUUGUAAGAUGUAAUGAGCAAACAAGGAACAAGUUAAGUCUACAGUACCUGCACAGGAUUCACACAUUUUUGAAGUUAUCUACAAACAGAGCUGCUCUUUUCACAGACUUCUGUUAUUAAAGUCAUUUGUUAAAUCUCCUUUUUCAAACUGGGUUCAACUAAACGAUUAAAACAGAAGGAAAACCUGAUGAAGACACUAUUUUUUUAUUCGGUGAGAACGUCUCUUGGUUCCCAUCUGGUUUAGCACUCGUGGCUUUUUCUUAAAUAUGAUUGCAAUUAUCGCUCUUCACCUAAUUGAAGCUCCAGCCAGCACUGAAUUCAAAACACAUGGAUUUCGUUAACGUCAUAGAAAGAAUUAUGUAUCAUUUUAAAAGAUUUUUUUUUUCUUUCCAAGAAGUAUUUAGUAACAAAACACUACUGUUGAUCUUUAAUGUCAUGUAUGUAAAAAGUGAGUACUUUCAAUGUUAUAAUUAUUUAGUAAGAAUAGGCAGCAUCGUGUAUACAUGGUGGCACUUUUAUUUUGAAAGUGCACCUAUUCUAUAACUUACAGGGUACAGUGAGAGUACAGGGUUACUGGCUGCAAAGACGCCAGACCAGAGUCCAAAUGAAACCCCCCUCAAGGUUCAGAGAGCAUUUCAUAUUUUAAGUAGGGCAGAAAAAAACAAAAACAAACAACCAUAUGGUUUCACCCUCUUUUUAUAUACAGAGCACAUCAGCAGCAGACACUGCUGCAGAACGCUUUUCCAACAACCAAUUUUACAUCUAGAGUUUUACACUCGGUCUUUUUAAGCUUUUUACCAGAGGACUUACAUGUUGACUCUGAUUAUUUAUUCGUCAGCCAUUUUCAAGAUUAUUGUUUUAUUCAGACGGUACAACCAGCUGCUCCCGAUCCGUGUACAGUUACACACGACAGGUGCAAACGUCAUCGGGGUUUUGUGUAGCGACAUUUAACAGAAAUGCUGAAUGGAAAUAAGCUGUUGAUAUGUCUUUAAGCUGCGUUCGUGAACAAAAUGAACAAGUCCGUGAAGAAAAAGAGGCCGACAGCUACACGUGGACCUAAAAAAAACAACAUCAUGCCUGAAGGAAUGACUGUGUGAAUGAGAAAACUGUUAACUAUACUGUAAUAAGUGUAAAAUUUGCCUUUAUAUUUAAAUGCACAUUUGUUUGCUGGACUGCCUUGUUUAAGCUUUUUACUGUAGGAGUUUUCUCAUGUUCUCUCUCUGUGAACCUCGUGGCCUUUCUCACUAGUCUCUACAGUAGGUUUAGAUGAGGAUUGUCUGUUUUUUAACUGCUUUUCAUAUCAUUCCUUGUUUUAUAUUAGUGCUUACUUUUUUACGAUUGUUAUUUCAAGCAAUGACAUCCGUUGCCUUUCCCAAAAAGCGUGACUGAAUAGUAGCUACCUUGAUCAAGGAAACUUGCUGUCUUCCUCAUAGCUUUGUCACAUAGCGUGUAACUACCAACAGUAUUUACCUUUCUAGCUAGCUAUCUUUGGCUUUAUUGUUAGUGACUGUGGCUAUUACAGUAUUUUCUUUAAAAAAAAAAAAAAAAAAGGAUAUUAAUCUUUGAUAGCUGUGUGUUUAUGUUUCACAGUCUCCCCACGAUUUUGGAGUCUUUAAAUCAGCAGGUCCCUCCGCAUAUUGUGAAGACCAAAAAGAAGAAAAAAAGGACUUGAACCUCAUUGCAAGCGAUGUGAGCCACAAUUUACUGCUGUGAUUGCCUGCAUAACAUUUGUUAAUAAGCAGACCUUUGCGACUUUGUCCAUUUGAUCUUCACUCUCCCAAAAAGUAGCACUUUUCUCACAAAAUAACAGUGGAUUCUGCAAAAGUUCUUUUUUUUAUAUAUAUAGAUAUAUGAAGAAGCUACUUUGGAAUCAAAUGUGUUUGCUUGCAAUAAUCAGAAAAACUGCAAAAUCUUGGAGGAGCUGAGUUUGACAAGGAGAGGUUAAUACUAUCAUGCAAAUAAAUAAUCAAUGAACUGUUUUAAAA